UCCCUUUGCCCACAGCUCGGUCCCGGCUCCGCCGCUCGGAGUCAGGUGCUCGCCGGCGGGAAGCGAGCGAAGGAGGGGACACCGAGCUCCGGCACAAGGGGACAGCCCGGAACCACCGGCUCCUUCCAGCACUAACGAGGGGAUUUACUCUUUCAUGCGGCCACUGGGAUCUCUGGACUAGCCAGCCACCACGUUGUGAUUUUUUGCUAUCUCUGCAAUACGCUACCUUUUAAGGUCAAGAUGUUGUUAAGUAUAAAAAGUAUCUUAUGGAUGUACUCUACGUUAGUUAUAACAUAUAUGCUACCUAAAGUUAAAGCAGAAAAAAAAACCCUGGUCAAGGGAUCUCUCUCUGGAACUUCAGUCCUGCCGUGCUUCUUUUCAACCACACCCACCAUAUCCUCCAGCUACGCUGCCGAGUACCUCCGGAUCAAAUGGUCCAAGGUGGAACUGGACAAAAGCGGCAAGGACGCCAAGGAAACCACGGUCCUGGUGGCCCAGAAUGGCAACAUCAAAAUAGGCCAGAGCUACAAGGACAGGGUGUCUGUCCCCAGCCACUCCGAGGAGAGCGGGGACGCCUCGCUGACCUUCUCCAAGCUGCGCGCCAGCGACGCCGGGGUCUAUCGCUGCGACGUCAUGUACGGAGUGGAGGACACGCAGGGCAUCGUCUCUCUGGCUGUUGAGGGUGUUGUGUUUCACUACCGGGCUGCCACGAGCAGGUACACCCUGAAUUUCACACAGGCUCACCAGACCUGCCGGGACAACGGCGCCGUCAUGGCCAGCCCAGAGCAGCUGAAAGCAGCCUACGAGGAUGGCUUUGAGCAGUGUGAUGCUGGAUGGGUGUCUGACCAGACUGUCAGGUAUCCAAUUAGACAUCCAAGAGUUGGCUGCUUUGGAGAUAAGAUGGGAAAGAAAGGAGUCCGGACAUACGGGCGCCGCUUCCCUAACGAGACUUACGAUGUUUACUGCUACGUGGAGCACAUGGAAGAUGAAGUGGUCCACGUCUCAUCCCCCCAGAAGUUCACCUUCGAGGAAGCUAGGGAUCUGUGUGAGGAGCGAGGCGGUGUCCUGGCUUCCGUGGGGAACCUCUACGUGGCCUGGAGGAACGGCUUCGACCAGUGUGACUACGGGUGGCUGGCGGACGGCAGCGUCCGCUACCCGGCCUCCGUGGCGCGGCCCCAGUGCGGCGGGGGUUUACUUGGGGUGAGAACCCUGUAUCGCUAUGAGAACCAAACAGGCUUCCCUUACCCCGAUAGCAAGUUUGAUGCCUACUGCUAUGAACGCCAAGAUCCGUGCAAGAGCAGCCCCUGCCUCAACGGUGGUACCUGCUACCCACGUGGUUCCUUCUACAUCUGUACCUGCCUGCCAGGUUUCAGUGGGGAGCAGUGUGAAUUAGAUAUCGAUGAGUGCCAGUCCAACCCGUGCCGGAACGGUGCCACGUGCAUUGACAGCCUCAACACCUUCACCUGCCUGUGCCUGCCCAGCUACGUGGGGGCUCUCUGUGAGCAAGACACGGAGACCUGUGACUACGGCUGGCACAAGUUCCAGGGCCAGUGCUACAAGUACUUCGCGCACCGGCGCACGUGGGACACGGCGGAGCGGGAGUGCCGGCUGCAGGGAGCACACCUGACCAGCAUCCUCUCCCACGAGGAGCAGAUCUUCGUCAACCGUAUUGGCCAUGACUACCAGUGGAUUGGCCUCAAUGACAAGAUGUUUGAGCGUGACUUCCGCUGGACUGAUGGCAGCCCACUGCAAUAUGAGAACUGGAGACCAAACCAGCCAGACAGCUUCUUUUCUGCUGGAGAAGACUGUGUUGUUAUAAUCUGGCAUGAGAACGGGCAGUGGAAUGAUGUCCCGUGCAAUUACCACCUCACUUACACCUGCAAGAAAGGAACAGUGGCUUGUGGCCAGCCUCCUGUUGUGGAAAAUGCAAAGACCUUUGGGAAGAUGAAGCCUCGUUAUGAGAUCAACUCCCUCAUCAGAUACCACUGCAAGGAUGGCUUCAUCCAGCGCCACAUCCCGACCAUCCGCUGCCAGGGGAACGGACGAUGGGAUAUGCCCAAAAUUACUUGCAUGAAUCCCUCCACAUACCAAAGGACUUACUCUAAGAAAUACUACUACAAACACUCCUCAUCAGGCAAGGGGACGUCGUUAAACUCCUCCAAGCACUACCACCGCUGGAUCAGGACGUGGCAGGACUCGAGGCGCUGAGAGCUAAAUGGUGAAUUGGGGAUUUCCACCAUUUCAGCCAAAGUCAUAACUUUCUGUGCCUUUUUCUAUCACUUAUAGGAGUAUUAUCGAAUCGUUUUGAAACUACGGACUGCAGUAUUCACGGCGCGUUUUGCAAAAAAAAAAAAGGAAAAAAAUAGAAAUUACGGUGUUUAUCAGAAAAUUUAAGAAAUAAAUAAAAAAGAGGAGAAGUGCUUAUGGGGAUAAAAGGAAACCAUUUCCAGCCUAUAAAGAUUAUUAGUUUUCUAUAUGCCAUCGGUGUGGACCAUUUUAUGAUAUGUACCAGCCUUCUGCAAUAUUUAAACAGCUCAAUUUUAGCACCAAUGAAAAUGUAAAUAAGAUGAUUUUAAUGUUGUUUGACUGUGUGUUGUUUUUAAAAUCCUGUAUAUAAAAUGAAAAGUCACACUAAUUUCAGGCAUAUUUAUGGUUAGAACGGCCUCAGAGGUCUUCAGUCAUUUAUGACGUUGUUUCUGUGUUGUUUACCUAGGCUGGAAAUGGUUGAAAUAAAGACUUCACUGACUGAAAUUUGCAAUUAUCAGGUGAAGAUAAAC